AUGACAGCUACACGAUCACACAUCAUGCGAGUCAACAUAAAACAUUCUGGUAAAACUCAUCAAGUUGAAGUCGAUCCUUCUAAACCUGCAACCGACUUCAAAGAUGUUAUAUAUCAAGCUACUGGUGUACCUGUCGACAGGAUGAAAGUGAUGAUCAAAGGUCUAUUGAAGGAUGAUACGGAUCUGUCUAAACUUGGUCUAAAACCUGUGAUCGGUACAGCUGGCCCAUUACCUACUGCGCCGACUGAAAAGAUAACAUUCAUAGAAGACAUGGAUCAAGAUCAAAUUGCUAUAGCUGAAGGAAACCCCGCUGGACUGGUUAAUUUGGGACAAACAUGUUACUUGAAUUCAACAUUGCAAGCGUUAAAAACGAUUCCUCAACUGAAUGUAGCUCUAGAUGGCUUCUCAUCAACAUCCUCCGCACCAGAAUCUAAAGUUACAAACUCACUCAAAAACUUGUUUAGCGGCUUAAACCAAACUGCUGAUCCUGUACCUCCAUUCGCUGUUUUAAGUAAUCUAAGAAUCAUGGCUCCUCAGUUUGCUGAAACUGAUAAUGCUGGAAGGUAUUCUCAACAAGACGCCGACGAAGCUUGGACUCAACUACUUUCGGCACUUAGAGCGAGCUUAGGAGGAAAUGCUGGUGGUGAAAGUGUCAUCGACAAAGCGAUGGGUAUUGAGCUUACUACUAAACUUCAAUGCGCCGAGGCACCUGAGGAAACCCCUUCUACUACCAAAGAAAGACAUCUAAAGUUGCAAUGCAACAUAUCCAUAAAUACCAAUUUUCUUAUUUCUGGAAUCCAAGAUAGUUUGAAUCAGCAAAUCGAGAAGACCAGUCCAACAUUGGACAGAAUGGCUGCCUAUUCUUCUGAAUCUCGUCUAUCUAGAUUACCUCAAAAUUUGAUAGUUCAUAUGGUACGAUUCUACUGGAGAAGGGACAUUCAAAAGAAAGCAAAGAUCAUGAGAAAAGUCAAAUUCCCAUUACAACUGGAUUCCUUAGACUUGGUGACAGAUGAAGUUCGAUCUCAAAUCCAGCCUACCAAUUCGCUUGUAAAACAGAUACUUAAAGACCGAGACGAUAGGGCUAAGAUCAUCAAACGUAAUGCUGGAAAGGCAACGAGCGAUGAUGCCACCAAGGAGGUGGAUAUCAGGCGAGAAGAAAGACAAAAGGUUGAAGAAGCUGUCAAGGAGAAAGGGAUUGAUAGCGAAACUAAUAUAUCUGGAAUGUAUGAGCUUUACGCCAUGGUAACACAUAAAGGAGCUUCAGCAGAUUCUGGUCACUAUAUCGGCUGGACAAGAAAAGAAAGCGAACAUCCCAUAGCAUCAGGUGAAGAAGAAUGGUUCAAGUUCGAUGACGACAAAGUGUCUGUGGUAACAGCGGAUAAAAUCUUGUCCAUGGAUGGAGGUGGAGAGGAUUCGGUAGCUUACAUCUUACUUUACCGGUGA